GUCUCGAAAAAACAAAGAUGGCGGGCGAGGAACCAGAUUCAGAAAAUUCAGAAGGAAAGAAGAAAUUGGAGAGGUGGCUGAACAAGGGUAUGAAAAUACAAAUGACUGAUGGCAGGACACUUAUUGGUGUGUUUCUGUGCACUGAUCGAGACAGAAAUGUGAUCCUGGGUUCCUGUGAGGAGUAUUUGCGAUCACCAGACAGUGGAAAGAAGGAAGAUCCUAGAAUACUCGGGCUGGCCAUGAUCCCAGGCUACCAUAUUGUCAGCAUCCAUGUGGAUGAGGACCGCGCUCCCGGACAGAGUGUCAUGUGAUCGUGUCAUGUGAUUUACUCUGCUACAUCACCUUAGGACAGAAUGUCAUAUGAUUUGGUCAUGUGACUAGUGUGCUACAUAACUACAGGACAAAGAGUCAUGUGACUUUGUCAUAUGACUUACUGUGUUACAUCACUUUCAGACUGAGUGUCAUGUGUCAUUUGACUGUGCUCCAUCAUCAUCAUGUGACUGUAUUUGUAUAGAUCAAGGUAAUUCAGGUUUGUGUCAGGUUUUAUUUGGUAAGGCUAGUGCGCUAUGGUUCAGAGAGAACCUACAUCAGCAACAUCAAUUUUAACAUUGGAAACCGUUACCUGAACAGACUAGAGGAGUGGUUUAAAGUCACUGUCACAUAGUCCUAUAGUGAUUUACUAGUGCUAUAGAAUCAUGUUGGGAAACUGUUUUUUAUGAAUGUUGUUUCUGUUUUUGAGUGUUUGAAAGAAAAUAUAUUGACAAGUGUGAUUACUUAAAGAAAUAAAAUAUGGCAUGUACUGUAUUUAGAGGUUUACUUAUAGCACAUGCACCUGGCUAUUUCCAGAAAAUGAUAUUAGCAAAAUCUAUUCAAAUAAGGUGAAAUAAAUAAUAAAUUAUUUAGAUAUAUUUGAAGGUAUACCUCAUGUGAAGCAUUUCCAGUGAAUACCUACAAUCAUGCCAUUGAGUUGAUGUGUAAGAGUUGAUGAGAGUACAAGGCAUCUCAGUAAUCAAGCUGAAAUAAAAGUGGGUAAUAGUUAAAUUUUACCUUUAUUUGUUUGUUUACUUUUAGUGAGAGAGAUUGUUUAUAAAUGUAAGGAGAGCAGACAUAUAAAUAGAAAACUGACUCUCGUGCUAGACAUGGCUACAGUAUUGAAUAAACACUUGUACUGUU